AUGGUGGUGACAGGUGCCUUUUGUGUGGUCUCACUCCUGGUUACUGGGCCUCUUUCUGUGUUUCUGCUACAGGUGAAACGGAGGCUGGAUCUGGAAACUGACCAUCAGUAUCUGGCUGGGAGCAGCGGGCCAUUCCGGGGCAGAGGCCGCCACCCAGGGAAAGGUGUGAAAUCUCCAGGGGAGAAGUCACGCUAUGAGACAUCGUUAAAUCUGACCACCAAACGCUUCUUGGAGCUGCUGAGCCGCUCAGCUGACGGUGUUGUUGACCUGAACUGGGCGGCUGAGGUGCUGAAGGUGCAGAAACGGCGCAUCUAUGACAUCACCAAUGUCCUUGAGGGCAUCCAGCUCAUUGCCAAGAAGUCCAAGAAUCAGAUCCAAUGGCUAGGCAGCCACACCAUGGUAGGGAUCAGCAAGCGACUUGAAAGCCUGACCCAGGACCUACAACAGCUGCAAGAGAGCGAGCAGCAGCUGGAUCACCUGAUGCACAUCUGUACCACACAGCUGCAGCUGCUUUCUGAGGACUCAGACAGCCAGCGCCUGGCCUAUGUGACCUGCCAGGACCUUCGGAGCAUAGCGGACCCUGCAGAGCAGAUGGUCAUAGUGAUCAAGGCCCCUCCUGAGACCCAACUACAAGCUGUGGACUCUGCAGAGACAUUUCAGGUCUCUCUUAAGAGCAAACAAGGCCCCAUCGAUGUUUUCCUGUGCCCUGAGGAGAGUUCAGGGGGCAUCAGCCCUGGGAGGACCCCAUGCCCAGAGACGUCAUCUGGGGAGGACCGGACCUCUGACUCUGGCACUGCAGGACCUCUGCCAUCACCUCAUUCCACAUCCCCGACCUUGGAUCCCAGCCAAUCCCUGCUAGGCCUGGAGCAAGAACCAGUAUUGUCACGGAUGGGCAGCCUGAGGACCCCCACGGAAGACCAUCUGUCACCGCUGGUGGCUGCUGACUCACUCCUGGAGCAUGGUCGAGAAGACUUCUCUGCGCUCCUCCCUGGGGAGUUCAUCAGCCUUUCCCCACCCCACGAGGCCCUUGACUACCACUUUGGCCUUGAGGAGGGUGAAGGCAUCAGAGAUCUCUUUGACUGUGACUUUGGGGAUCUGACCCCUCUGGAUUUUUGACGGAAGCCUGCAGAGCCAGGGCAUCUGGAGAUACCUACCCUGUCUGCAGCUUUGGAGCCUCCUGCCCUGGGCCAUCCUUCCUGCCUCAUUGGAAAAGCACGAUUCAUACCCUCUUCUCUGUGCAGUAGCUUCUAGCUCUGGGGUUUGGCUGCUGCAAGAUGAGCAGACCAAAAGGGGAAGGAUUUCGUAUGGUGUGUGUGUGCGCAUGUGCACGCUCAUAUACACCCCACACUGCGCGGUGUACAUGGAGUGUAUUCUGUGUGUGUGCGUGUGUGUGUGCAUGUGUGUGUGUACCGGGGAAUGAAGGUGAACACAUCUGUAUGUGUGCUGCAGACACAUCCUGGUGUGUCCACAUGUGUGCAUGGAUCCAUGUGUGCGCGUUGGGGUGGGGGUGGGGCUCUAACUGCACUUUUGGUGUCCUUGCUGCAAAGGCCCUGUGAGGCCCAGGGUGGCUGCCUGCUCCCAGAAUCCUGUGUCAGCCAGGCCAGGUGGGAUAGCUAGUUUGGCUGGCUGGGAUUGCAGGGCAGCAAGAGCACUGCUUAAAAGUUUUCCGAUCGAAGCUUUAACGGAGCGUUUAUUUAUUUAUCGAGGCCUCUGACAAGCCCGGGGAAUAAGCGAAGGGUGGGAGGGAUAUGGGGCUGAUAUCCCUACUUCCUAUACUCUGAAGCAAGGGCAGCGUCCAAUAGCUUUUUUUUUUUUCUUUGCCCAACCCCAAAGGAGCUGAGGCCCAAGUAGUUUAUUUAUUGGGAAAGUGGGAGGCGGGAAACAGACUGACAGCCAUGGAUGGGGAGGUGGUUCCCUUUCAGAAGGUUGUGCCAGCACCCUAGCUGCACUCGUGUGGAUUUGAGGUGGGAAAAGCGAGUGAGGGCCUUCACUGACGGUGGACAGGAGGGUGGGUGUGGGGUUCCUCCUGUGUUUGGAGUGCCCCUCCAUUGUCCUCACCCUCCAAUCUGCACUUUGAUUUGUUUCUUGACAGUUCUGUUCCCUCCUGCUUUGAUUUUAAUAAAUAUUUUGAUGGUGUUAGGGCUGGGUUUGGGACUCCACACUGGUGUGAG